CACCACAAAACAGUGAGUUUUGUAUCCGUUGCUUCUCUGAUGCUGGAACGACGCCGUCUCGGUCUUCUUCUUCAUUUGGGCGCCUCUGUUUCAAGUUCAAAGCUGAACCUGUUCUUCGUCCAUCUCCAGGCAAUGCAACUAGUGGAGGAGUUGAUUCCUGCUCAUCUUCACUCCUUUUCAAACCUCACUUCGCUUGAGCUCUUGAACCUCUCCCGCAAUGCCCUGAACGGAAGUUUCCCGGCAGAGAUCGCACGUGGAAUGAUCCAGCUCCAGAUCCUGGACAUAUCCGGCAACGAAAAUUCACGGGCCAGUUAUCACUAGUUGGGAUUGCGGCAAUGAAGAACCUAAGGCAUCUCAAUCUGCAGGGGAACAAAUUCUCCGGCGGAAUACCUCCGGCGAUUGGGGAUUUGACGAAAUUGGAGUCUCUGCUCCUCGACGGGAACCAGCUGUCCGGCGAAAUCCUCAAUGAGCUAUGCAAUUAUUGAAGUGUACGUUACGUUGUAUAUAUAGUUAUGCAGAGGACGAACUUGUACAUAUGUACUAUUGUGACGUGAGGACUGGAUUGAUAUUUGGUGCACGUGCAUUGUGGUUAGGGCGUGUGCAUGGCCGACUAUAUAACCCGGCAUUAGGGUUUAUAGUUGAGUGAUGAAAAUAAGAAAAAUAGAAAAGUUAA